AUUGUGGCAACGUUGGAAAUUAGUAAUUAAUAAUUUGUGAAUAAAUGAUUGUAUUUAUUUUUUAUUCAUUCUUUUUUGGUUACUUACUUUUGAUUAUUCACUUAAAACAGAUAAAUAAAACAAUAUCAUGAGUUUGCAAUCAACUGCUGGCAACUUACUCCAACGAGCUGUAGAGUUAGAUGGUAAAAAACGGUACACAGAAGCUUUAAUAUGCUACCAAGAAGGUUUACAAGUGUUAGUGGAUGUCUUGAAGGAACAGGAUGGUGAAAAGCGAGUCUAUUUGCGUGCAAAAGUGGAAGAAUAUAUGAAACGUGCUGAACAAAUAAAAGAACUAAUAGAAAAAUUGAAAAGAGAAGGUAACUUUCAUGAACAAAUUCAUGUGGAAAACGAUUCCAUAGGUCAUAGCUAUAACAGUAUAUUUAGUAGAUUUUUGGAUCAGGAUGUUGAUAAUAUUAGAAUUGAGGAUCCUUACAUACGUACCCACCAUCAAUGUCAAAAUCUUGUUCGAUUCUCUGAAUUGGUGGUAAAGAAAUGUACACAAGUACGUUUUAUUGAGCUUAUUACAGUAAACAGUGGAGCUGAACAGGCCAAAUGGUUAAAUGAAGUGCAGAAUAGCUUGUUGCAGCGCAAGGUCAACCUAAAAAUUACAUAUUCUGAUACUUUACAUGAUAGACAAAUUACGUUGAGCACUGGCUGGAUAAUUAAAAUUGGACGAGGCCUGGACUACUUCAAAGCUCCUCAAACAAAAUUUUCCUUGGGAACGUUUGACUUGGAUUUAAGACCUUGUCACGAAACCACAGUUGAUAUAUUUCAUUCCAAUACAGUUCGGAAUAAGUGAUCUUUUUAAAGUACAUCCAAAGUAGGAUGUAAAAUUAUGUGUAGAUAUUUGUAUGUUGAUUUAAUAAUUUGUGUGUUUUACUACAAAUAAAAAACUUAACCAUUA